CUGAGCUAUCAUCUUCUUGUCUCCUUCCUCCUUGGACCAUUUCUCCACAAGAACCACCCAAAGUAAUUGGAGAGAAAUUGCUGUUUUUAUCCUUUUAAAGAAUUUUGUUUAUAUAUAUAUUAGUGUACAUUUAUUUGCUUGUAUAAACAUUACAUUCUUCACUAAUAUUCAACAGAAAUUGGAGUACAUCUUUGGCGUUUGCUUGGUUAUAUUUCCUGAUUUUUGAAAGAUCCCAAAACUUUUAUUUAUUGAUUCCUCUACAUUUUACUACGAAUUUAUUUAUUUUGUUGUCAUUGAUUGGGUCUGGGAGUAUAUAUAAGAUCUGAAAUCUACUUUUUUUGCUAUCUCAACUGCAAGUUUUUGCCGCCACCGACACUUCUCAGCCCAUUGAUUUUUUUUAUCAUUUUCUUCCGAUUCUUUCCUUCCUGGAUAAUCAUUCUUACCUUGAAGAACUUAUACUUCUGGUAAAGGUGGAAGCUUUGAAAUAAAGAAACCAAUUUGGGUCAACUUUGUGUGUUUUUUUGUUCGGAUUUAGCUCUGGGUCUGUCGGAUAUAGACAGAUAUCUUAGCUCCGAGCCAAGAUGAUGCGAAUGAAGACUAGACUCUCCGCCGUUCCUCCGCCGGAGAUGAAGACCGGAGGUUCUCGUGUCGCCGCCGCCGCCGGCAGCAAUGAAUGGGAGAUGAGGCCUUGUGGGAUGCUUGUCCAGAAAAGAAAUACUGAUUCGGAUAACCGACCCACUCUUCCUAGUAUCCGAGUCCGGGUCAAGUACGGGUCGGUCUACCAUGAGAUCAAUAUCAGCUCCCAAGCCACCUUCGGAGAGUUGAAGAAGAUGUUAACAGGGCCAACGGGAUUGAACCACCAGGACCAGCAAUUGUUGUUCAAAGACAAGGAGAUGGACUCUACUGCAUUUCUUGAUAUUUCUGGUGUGAAGAACAAGUCCAAGCUUGUGCUCAUUGAAGACCCCAUCAGCCAAGAAAAGAGAUAUAUUGAGAUGAGGAAGUCUGCUAAGAUGGAGAAGGCUGCAAAAACUGUAUCAGAGAUCAGCUUGGAGGUUGAUAGGCUUGGUGGGCAGGUAUCUGUGCUUGAAUCUGUGAUUUCAAGAGGAGGAAAAGUUGAAGAAAAGACACUGAUUACAUUGAUCGAGUUGUUGAUGAAUCAACUUCUUAAACUGGAUGGUAUUGCUGCCGAUGGUGAUGUGAAACUGCAGAGGAAAAUGCAGGUGAGAAGAGUCCAAAAGUAUGUAGAGACACUUGAUAGAUUGAAAAUCAAGAACUCAAUGGGGGAGAGCAAUAGUAGCAGUAGUAGUGAUGGGGAUGAGAGAAAGAGUUCUCCCAUACAGACCGCCAGCAAUAACGGGAAUCAUAAACAGCCGGGCGGGUCGGGGUCUUUCGUGAUAACCACGAAAUGGGAAACAUUUGAUCCUUCUCCUGCUCGAGAAAUGCAUAUGGGAAAUGCCUCGAGCACUGCGGGUUCAGCUCAUCAUGGGCCCCCAACUUACACCUUGCUUUGAUUGUUGAGCUAGUUGUGGUAGAGCCAUUGUAUGUGUGUAUUGUCACUCUCUUCUUUCAUCACUCAUGUCAUACGUUAUGAUGUUUGGUAUCUGCGGCUGGCUGCUGCUACAACAACAAGACUAGCCCAUUCUUUUGUGUAUUUAGAGGUUUUGCUAGGGUCAUUCCUCCAGGCCUUUAGAUACCUUUUUUUACUUGAUUAAAUAAUUGGUGUACAAGGAUGGUAAAAGUGGGAGACUUAUGAUGAUGAUAAUUGAGAUAUUCUUUGUUUGGAGUGUUGUUUCAGUGGCACCACCCC